UUAACAAUUGCAGACUGUAGCUUUAAAAGAAACAUCAGGACUUCUAGAAGUUCCACUAUACAGUUGUUAAAAUGAAGUAGAUGAGGAUUUGAUGUGAUAUUGAUGAGGUGUUCUGUCUCCCUGUUUUGUUCAGUGUCCAGAAGCCCAGAGCAGAGUCCCCUACAACCAGCCUGCUAUCAAUGAAGAGUGAUCAGCCACCUGCUUUCAGCCAGGAACCAUUACCAGAUGACAAUAAUGAAGUGGAGAGUUUGGACAGUGAGGAUGUAUUAAAGAUCACACACAACCUUCUGGACAGAAGAAGUCAAACUCUGCUGAUAGUCCAACAAGACAUUAAGGCUAAACUGAAACACAAGUAUCAACACAUAUCUGAAGGAAUUGGACACCAUGGAAAUCAAUGUUUGUUCAAAGACAUCUACACAGACCUCUACAUCACAGAGGGUGGAAGUGGAGGGCUCAAUAAUGAACAUGAGGUUAGACAGAUAGAGAUGGCAUCCAAUAAACAAACCACACAAGAGACACCAAUCAAAUGCAAUGACAUCUUCAAGCCUUUACCUGGACAAGACAAACCUAUCAGAACUGUGCUGACCAAAGGAAUCGCUGGCAUUGGAAAAACAGUCUCUGUGCAGAAGGUCAUCCUUGACUGGGCAGAGGGAAAAGCAAAUCAGGACGUUCAUUUCAUGCUUCCUCUUCCUUUCCGUGAUCUGAACCUGAAAAAGGACCAAUACAGUCUGAUGCAACUUCUUGCCCACUACUUCUCAGAGCUGAAAGAGAUUGACAGCAUUGAAGAUGGUGAAACCAAAACUGUUUUCAUUUUUGAUGGUCUGGUUGAGUGUCGACUUCCUCUAGACUUCAAAAACAAUGAGAAGUGCUGUGAUGUCACGAAGCCAACCUCAGUGGACGUGCUGCUGACAAACCUCAUCAAGGGGAAUUUGCUUCCCUCUGCUCUACUCUGGAUAACUUCACGACCUGCAGCAGCCAAUCAGAUCCCUCCUGAGUGUGUUGACCAGAUGACAGAGGUACGAGGGUUCAAUGAUCCACAGAAGAAGGAGUACUUCAGGAAGAAAAUCACAGAUCAGAAACUGGCCAAUGAAAUCAUCAAACACAUGAAGACAUCAAGGAGCCUCCACAUCAUGUGCCACAUGCCAGUCUUCUGUUGGAUAUCAGCCACUGUCCUUGAGAUGAUGCUGAAAGAGGCAGAGAAGGAUGAAGUCCCCAAAACUCUGACCCAGAUGUACUCACACUUCAUUCUCAUCCAAAUCAUUGCGAAGAACAAGAAGUACCACAAAGCCACAGAGACGAACCCAAAGGAAAUGUCUCAGUCAGACAAAGCGAUGAUCCUGAAACUGGCAAAGCUGGCUUUCCAACAGCUGCUGAAGGGCAACCUGAUCUUCUAUGAGGAGGACCUGAGAGAGUGUGGCCUUGAUGUCACAGAGGCAUCAGAGUACUCAGCAUUGUGUGCAGAGAUCUUUAAAGAGGAAUCUGGGCUGUACCAAGACAAGGUCUACAGCUUUGUGCAUCUGAGCAUUCAGGAGUUUCUAGCAGCAGUGCAUGCUUUAGAAUCAUGUCUAGACAAGAAGGAAAAUGUUUUCUCCCCCAAAGCAGUCCCUACUGAUGAUGAAGAAGAGGAGGAGGAGGAGUCAAUCCAGUUGUCUGACUUACACAGGAGAGCAGUGGACCAGGCCUUGAAGAGUGAGAAUGGACACCUGGACUUGUUCCUCCGCUUCCUUCUGGGUCUCUCACUGGAGUCCAAUCAGAAUCUGUUACGAGGCCUUCUGACACAGACAGGAAGUACAACACAGACCAAUGAGGAAACAGUUAAAAGAACAGUCAGGUACCUUUCAGACAAGAUCAACCAGGAAUCCUCACCAGAAAGGAUCAUCAACUUGUUCCACUGUCUGAAUGAACUUGGUGCCAACUCUCUAGUUGAAGACAUGCAGACCUCCCUGCAUUCAGGAACUCUUUCAGAAACAAGACUAAAACCUGACCAAUGUUCAGCCCUGGCCUACCUGUUACUGAUGUCAGAGGAGGUGCUGGAGGAGUUUGACCUGAAGACAUACAACACAUCAGAGAAAGGUUAUCAGAGGUUGCUGCCGGUAGUGAGAACCUGCAAGAGAGCACUACUGGAUGGCUGUAAACUCACAUAUAAAUCCUGUGAGACUCUGGUCUCAAUUCACCAGACACCAAACUGCCCUCUGAGAGAACUGGACCUCAGCUACAAUGACCUGGAAGACAGAGGAGUGAAGCUGCUCUGUGUUGGACUAACCAAUCCACUCUGCAACAUACAGACACUAGUUCUAGGUCAGUGUGGUCUGACAGAGGGUUGCUGUUCAGAUCUGGCCUCAGUCCUGAGUUCACCCAACUCACAACUGAAACAACUGGAGCUGAGAGACAAUGACCUGCAGGACUCAGGAGUUACACUGCUGUCUGCUGGACUGAAGGAUCCAGACUAUAAACUACACACACUGGGGCUGUCUGGCUGUCUGGUCACAGAGGAGGGCUGUGCUGCUCUGUCUUCAGCUCUGAGGUCAAACCCCUCCCACCUGAAAGAGCUGGACCUGAGCUACAAUCACCCAGGAGACUCUGCAGGGGAACUGCUUUCAGCUGCUCUGGUGGAUCCCACAUAUAAACUGAUGAAGCUGAAUGUGGAUCAUGGUGGAGAGUGCAGGCUGAAAUCAGGGCUGAGGAAAUAUGCUUGUCAUCUCACCCUGGACCCAAAUACAGUAAACCCACACCUGAUACUCUCUGAGGGGAACAGGAAGGUGACAUGGGUGUUGGAGAAGCAACAUUAUGAAGACCAUCCAGACAGAUUUGAUUGUCUUUUCCAAGUUCUCUGCAGAGAAGGCUUAUCUGGAGGUCGUUAUUACUGGGAGGUGGAGAUGGACGGUGACCAGAUUUACAUUGGUGUGGUGUACAAAGGAAUGAAGAGGAGGGGAGAUGAGGAUGACAGUUGGAUUGGACUCAAUAGGAAGUCCUGGUGUUUAUUCUGCUCUGAUAGCGGUUAUGACUUUUACCAUCCCGGAGUCAGUGUCAGAAGAUCCAUCUCUGAUCCAGUUCCUAACAGAGUUGGAGUGUAUCUGGACUGGUCAGCUGGUACUUUGUCCUUCUAUAGUGUGUCCUCCUCUGGUACACUGACACACCUUUACACAGAACACACCAGAUUCACUGAACCCCUCUAUCCUGGGUUUGGGUUUGAGGUUUCCUCCUCCUCAGUCACUCUGUGUCAGAUAGACGAUCGACACAAUCAAAGGUGAGUCAUCAAUCUAGGUAACAAUCAUUCUAGGUAACAUAAUAACAAAAUCCUCUUCAAUCAUCCUACCAGGAAUCAAGGUAAGACCCAGAUUCAGACACAUUGAUUUGACAAUGGUUUAAUAUUCCAA